AUGCGCGUACCUGUCGAGUUUUAUCGCGGGGGGACUAGCCGUGGGCUGGUCUUCCCAGCAUCGGCCUUGGCCCCUUACUCACAAGCCGCACGGAAUCGGAUUAUAUGUACAGCUAUGGGUUCCCCUGACCCCGAUGGCCGCCAAAUUGACGGCGUCGGCGGCGGCAUUUCGUCCCUCUCCAAGGUCGCCGUCCUCUCCGUCCCGACACACGAACAGUAUCAGUCCUCCCUACGUGCACUUGGCCCAGCAUGGGCCUUCCCUGGUGUGCCAUGGGCCGACGAGCCUGCGCGCGCUCGCGAUCCCAUCACAGGCUACGAUGCUGUGUACCGCUUCGGCCAAGUGCCUAUCAACGAUAUGUACCAUAUCGACUGGUCCAGCACGUGCGGCAACUUUAUUGCCGCGGCUGCGUCGCAUGUCUAUACACACCAUUGGAAGGCAUUGCGUCCUCGAUUGCAAUCGUACUUACGCGAGCAGUUCGGCUCCGAUGAAACACAGCAUCCCACGGCCGUUCACUUCCCCCUUCGGCUGUUGAUGGCCGACUCGGGGAAGCGUGUUGAGGCGCACAUCCCGCUCGUCCAGCUGGCCAAGGGUGCUUGGCACCUGUCGCGCACACCCGAUACGCAUAUUGCCGGCGUCCCUGGACGAGCGCCAGGCAUCCAAGUGCACAUGCCACUGGCCGUCUCGCCCUUCCCUACAGGCCAGGUGUGCGAUACAAUUCGCUUGGAAGGACGUGAUGUUCGUGUGUCUGUCGUCGAUACGGGGCUGCCCAUCGUGCUUGUCCUCGCCUCGGACCUUCAUGUGGGCCGCGAGCAAAUGACACAGACAGCCGCUAUGCUCGAUACGGACACGGCGUUGUUGGCGCGCGUCGAAGAGGUUCGGCAGCAAGUGGCACGCCUCACACCUGGUCUGCAAGCGCUUCUAAGUCCCUCCGCGCCGAAAGUGUGCCUUGUCGCGCCACGCUCAGAAUACACGACCUCCGGCGGCGAGACAGUGCCCGCCGAGGCCAUGGAUGUGUUGGUCCGCGCCGUGUCAGUGGGCAACUUCCAUCGGUCGAUCAUGGCUACAGCAUUAUCGUCUCUCGCUGUGGCUGCGGCGUGCCCAGGCUCUGUAGUGGCCACAGCGUGUGGCAGUACGCUCUGUGCGGCAUCCCAAGCGCGUACGACACAGACACUGCGUGCCAUUACCGUCGGACAGCCGGCUGGUACAUCUAUGGCCAUGGCACAGUUGCAUGACGGUGUGCCGACGGCUGUCGUCUACGAUCGAACAGCCCGACGUGUGCUCCAUGGUUUUGCUGAUACCCCGCCCUUUGAAGAGAUGUGGCAAAGUAAGCAGGCGUACGAUGCGAUAUCGAUGACGCAUGUCGAUGAAUAG